UCUUUACAUUUUUAUUUAUUACCAGCGGCUAAUUACUGGCUUGAAGAACCCUGUUAAUCGCAGAAGUCAGAGUUUUCCCAUUAUUACUACCGAUUACUACGUCCAGAACGAAUUGGAACUAGAAUUAGUAUAGAACACAAUGUUACUGAAGAGUUCGAUCUUGUGGGAUGCAAUGCUUUGUAGUUCGUUGAAAAUCAACCGACGUUUCAGAGGAGCAUGUUGCCUGCCUUCACUGGUUUCUUGCUUGGCUUAUACUUCGACCUUGAAGAUGGAGGUCGCUUGUGCCCUCGAAACGUCUAUUGGCUUUCAACGGACUACGCCGCGUAACCACCACUGUGAGUACCACAAGUCCUACAUAGGAUAUUACUGAUGAACGUAAAAAAGAAAAAUAAACUGAUAUUCUGUAGUGAUAGUUAUGGCCGAGAUAUACCUAUGUAACUCAGUAAAACUAAUGUGGAUAUCUCAUUGUAUGGUGAAGUUAGGAAUGGUGCUAAGGUGAAAGAUGUACUGAAAAAUUCUGCAAAGAAUGUGCAGUAUUAGGCCCUAAGGACCAUGUUGUAAUUAUGGGGGGUGCCAAUUACAUUUUCAGGAAUGAAACAAAGAAUUUUAUAACAACUUUAAAAAGUACACUUUCUGCACUGACCUCUACAAAUGUUGUGGUUCUCAAUAUACCAACUAGGCAUAAUUUAAUAAAAGAAUCAAUAGUAAAUAAGGAAAGCAAUUAUGGACAUAAACAAGGGGCGUACAGAAACAGCUGGUGAAUGCAGAAUCUACAAAAUCAGAUCCUGAAUCAGUUCAAGGAAUUCUUGAAAUUUGCUCAAAACGUUUUAAGCCAGUAAAUGAACCUCAUGUUUAUAUGUCAAGCAGAUCGAGGAGUCCAUGCACUAUGUUCAUCUGCUCACGUAGACUUGGAGCAUGCUGGAGGUUUGACUUAUCAUCCAGCACAUUUAACUGUUGGUUAUAAUCGGUACUUUGCUGAAGCAGAGCUUGAUGUUAGAGUUCAGAGUGUGCACAUUGUGCCCGAAACAUUUCAUGCCCGUUUCAGUGCUAAAUCUCGAACGUACCUAUAUCGUCUGGCUGUAAGGAAUCCAGAUGCUCCACCUAUCAAUGGAAAUAGUUCCUGGAUGGUAGAAAUUCCAUUCCUUGAAUGGAACAGGUGCCAUUUCAUUCAGAAGGUGGAUAAAUUUGAUGUGUCACUGUUGAAAGCUGCAGCUGCUCUUUUUCCUGGCACAAAGGAUUUUCGUACAUUUAUGGGAAACAAAGCCAAGCUUCCCCCAGACAUCAGCACAGUUAAGGAAAUGUAUAGAUUGGACAUCACUCCUGGCACACCUUUGUUAGGUGCUGAAUAUUCUUCCUGCUGCUCAUAUUAUACCUUCUGGGACAUCACAUGCCAAGCCAGAUCAUUCCUUUACAGACAAGUACGGCGAAUGGUUGGAGCACUUAUUAGUGUUGCUGUGGGUCACAUUUCCAUUGAAGAGAUCCGGUACAUGUUGGAGAGCCCUUCAAAAAACAGUUGGAACAGCAGAAUAAAUGUUGUCCCACCAUAUGGUCUGUACUUGGUUGGUGUUGAAUAUGAUCCUCUUGAAAUUGUCAUGCCACAAGAGAUAAGUGAACAAGAUCAGAAGAGGAAUACAGCACUUCUUGGUCAAGUGGAAUGAACAUCAAGUUUUUUUUUAAC